AUGGCCCUCGACAUCCUGACCAAGAUCACCUCCGCCUUCGGGCACGAAUUGAAGAGCGAUGACAACCGAUUCGACGAGCUCGUGUUGGCGUUGAAGGAGGCGUUGGGUCCGUCGUCGGGGCUGGACUCGGCUGACGUCGACGUCAAGGAGUUGAUGAAGUUGAUGGAGGAAUACAACUCGACCGAGCACGAAUGGAUCCAGUUUGCGUUCGCAGAGAAGAGUAUGGGAUACACCAGGAACCUGGUUGAUGAGGGCAACGGCAAGAGCAACCUCCUUGUGCUUGUCUGGUCGCCAGGCAAGGGUAGCCCCAUCCACGACCACGGCAACGCCCACUGCCUGAUGAAGAUCCUGAAGGGUGACUUGACUGAAAUCCGAUAUGCCUUCCCAGAGGGCGACGAGGAGCAGCCGAUGAAAGUCAUCUCGGAAAGAACACACAAGGAGAAUGCGGUGGCAUAUAUGGCAGACGAACUUGGCGUCCACCGAGUCUGCAACAGGGGCAGCGACUUUGCUGUCUCCCUUCACCUGUACACCCCUCCCAACGUCGCCAAGGGAGGUUGCAACAUCUUCAAUGAGAAGACAAGCAAGAGCAGUCAUGUAGCCAAGUGCGGCUACUACUCGGCGUACGGCCGCCGACUGCCGAAGCAGUAA